AUGGCCAGAAACGACGAGGCAUCAAGUGGCAAAUCGCACUUCAUUCGAGUUGCGCAUGAGAGCCAAAAGACGGUCAAGAAGAGCGGCGUAGCAUCCAGACUUCGAAGAGAGAUCGAGGCAAUGGCGUAUGUACGUGGCCAUACGUCCAUCCCCGUGCCACGCGUGCUCGAAUACCAUUUCGACGCGGACAACAAGGAGGCCUGGUUCCGUAUGGAGCGAUUACACGGGAUCCAACUCGACCAGGCAUGGCCGGCAAUGAGCGACAACAUCCGUACGCAAACCAUUCACCAGCUCAAGUCAUAUAUUGAGCAGCUACAUUCGAUCCGUCCGCCUGAGCCUGGGUGGAUUGGGUCCUGCGCUGGCGGCACCGCAUACGACCAUAGGCUGAACAGCUUGUUUCCUUGUGGUCCCUUUAAAACCACAGCUGAAUUUCACGAUUUCCUUGUUGCCCCAAUCCGAAAAUGCCCCAAUCCGCAGCUGGCAGACAAGUAUCGCACCCAGUUUCCUGACAACCACACGAUCGUGUUUGCCCAUGCAGAUUUGUCAUGGGAACAUAUCUUUGUCGAUCCCAGAACAGGCGAUGUCACCGGCAUUAUCGACUGGGAGAUGGCGGGCUUUUGGCCCGAGUGGUGGGAAUAUAGAAAAGCUCUCUUUGGCGGCCGCACUACGCCAAGCUGGUGGGUGGAUAUCGUCAACCAAGCCUUACAGCAAUAUCCUACCGAAACCGAAGCUGAAAUGGAUGUGGAGAUGUUUUGA